AUGUGUCGCCUAUGCGGUGAACAAGAACUUUUGAAGCUAUAACGAUCAACUCUUUCUUUUUAAUAAAUACUUGAAAUGAAUGAAAGGAGAAACCGGCUUUGGCGAACUUGAAGUUCAAACUUGUAUUUGAUCAAGUUUACGGUCCUUCGCCUCGUUCUUCUGCACGUAGUUCAUCCAGUUGAAAGUUCAUCCAACAAAAACCGUGCUUUAAGCCUAGGAAUGAGAGCGGCCACUUCGAGAGAACACUUCACACGGAAUCGUUGAUAUUACGUUAAAAUUUUUUUAAUAAAAAAACUUUUUUUAAGUUUGUAGUUUGAGACUUCGAGGCUCUUCUAGUACAUUCCUAGUACAUUUUCUGGCCAAUCCUCAGAAGUUUCCUAGCCGUAGAUUAAAGUUAUCUUUCCUGUUGACGCCUGAAAAAUCAUGUUUUUUUUUUCUAGCUUCCUACGCCGCACAAAUGAUCGAUUUAGCCAUCUACCAGCUUUGCGAGGCGCAUUGUCGCAUGUGUUAGUUUUUUUUUCUCAAUUUACCCGGUAAAUGCAAUGAAUUUCAGUAAAUCUAACAGAAUCCGAUGCGCUCGUGGACGUGUCCAUUUUUGCGCGUAAGUUUUAUCAAAAAACUUCGAUGAGCUGGUUGAAAGAGAAAAGAAGUUUUAACUUUUUCCUAAACCUAAAUUCCUUGAACUUAAACUUCUUCACAAUAUAUUUUUUUUCUAUGAUGAUCCAAUGAAAUUUCUGGCACAAAAUUAUUCAUUCUUUUUUUCAGACAAAAAGUUGGCUAGAGAGAAAAAGUUAACCGCUCGUCGUUUUUGGAAAGUCCAGAGAGGCUCUAAAUUGGACCCCGUAGACUUCGAUAGCGCGUCGAAAAUCGAUAUCAUCAAAAUAACGCUUGAAGACGUCCACAAAAUCUGCAAACCGCGCCCCAUGUCCGAAGAUGUACAAGAAGCGCUGCAGAAGUACGAAGAAAUAAAGACGAGUAUGGUUAAAAAUGGAAAAUUCGAUCCACCCAAAAGUCUGAAUCCCAUAUCGGACACUCGUCAGCGCAACCACGCGUUGAUGGUUGCGAUGAAGACAUCAGCUUUGAAGAAGGUCAACCCCGGUGAUCAAUUUCAUAAGGAUGCUAAGAUGCUCUUGGACCGGGAUCAUUUAAGCAAGGAUACUAGGAAGGGGCAGCUUCCGAAGAGAUCAGAGAACCAGUCCAAGGACAAGCCGAAGUCUCCGCUCCCUGUCUCUAAAGACAAGGGUCCCGCUUCUCAUACCGACCGCAAGCCUGCUGGCGCCGAUGCCGCCCUCAGCAAAACCUCCCCGGCAAACGACGUCUCAAAGGUGCCCGUCGGCAAGUCUACGACUCAGGUUAGAUUGGUAAAAAAAAAUUAGAAUUUUGGAUGUCAAGAAAGCUUGUCUAUCUGUUAGGAGAAUGCUUAGGCGCUUCAAAGUUAGGAAACCUUUUAGAAAAAACCAAAAGACGAAAAAUUGGGAGCCUUUCGAGUUAAUUUCGGUCACAACUUUCAGCUCACCGCCCACAAGGCUGCUGAUCAAGCUCCGACCCAAGGUGCAACUUCCGCUGAAAUACCGCUACCGCCGGCGAAAGUCAGAGAGUCGGAGGUCGACCCCAAAUAUUCUGGAAAGAUACCAGAAGAAGUGGGUCCGCCAACUCUAUGCAAACCGAUGCGGAUCGAAACGUCUGCUUUCCCAGAAAUCUCGAAGAAUUUCGCCGGAGAGCCCGACGAUCUGAGUUAAUAGCCUCGAAACGAAAUAACACAAACAUUUGCCGUUUUCAGGGCAAAGCUUCACGGCUCUCACACUCAUAUGCAGAAAGCUCGAAGACGUCCUAAAACUCCACAGGGACGGUAAAUAACUAUUGUGUGACUACAGCGUUGAAACUUGCUUUCCCCAAAAGCUAGUUGCUCUUUAAUUAUAAAAUUCAGCCUCGCACCUGAUCCUCAAAACGACGCAAGAUGCGGCUAUGGCCAAGCGCGGGGACUGCUUCGAACAGACGGUUCUCCGUGAGCGAGAGGCCGACCCGCGAAUCCCUCUGGUCCGAGAUUGUCCGUGCAAAGACGGCGGCCUCAAAGGCUUGGACAGCCAGGGUGAGCAACUAUUUUUUUUUUCUCUUCAGAAUCCGUUUAUUUUUUUCCAGACCUUCUGAAGGAACUCGAGACUUUGCGCACCAACGGCGGAGGCGCUGACGAAGAGCUUUACAAUCUGCUCGAAAACGAAGAGCGCAUUCGCGCCCAGAAGUUGGGAAUCUCCGGCAAAAACUACACAUAUUUUUGGGACAGUUCGUUUUUUACCCUUAUAAUAACAAUUAAAGCAUUGAAGGCCCAGGGGCAGUAAAAACGGGGUGUCAGGUGAAAGCAGUAUCUUGUAUAGUUUUUCAUUGCAAAUCGAACGGUGUACUCAAAAAAAUUAUAGAUCUGACAACUUUAGAAGAAAAACGCGAUUUUACUUUCCCGCUUUAAUUUCGAAAAAUGCUUAAAGCUUUAAUUUCGAAAAACGUUUUGGAUCGGUAUACGGACAAUCGAAACCUGUUUAAAACCAUCAUUUCUCCCGAGAAAAGCAUUUUGCGAACAAAGUUCUCAAAUUUCUUAUAAUUAGAAAAUUUUGAGGAGGAUAAGAAUUUAAGUGAUAACAGAAAAAAUUGAAAAUUGAAAGAAACGAAAAAAAAAACGACAAUCCAAAAAAUGGCGAUACGUGUUGCCCAUACAGCAACUUUACUGCAAAACGCCCUUUUCGGCGGGAACUCAAACUUUCUUCUCUCCGACUUUGAAUUAUUUUUUUCUCCAAAACUAGAAAGUUCGGUACGUUUUCAAGUUCACCGUUCGAUUCGCAAUGAAAAGCUCUACGAAGUAUUGAUUUGAACUGAAACACCGUUUUUACUGCCCCUAUGCCUUCGAACCUAAAUUGGACAUUUUUCAAUAAAACGUGCUUCAGAGAAGACGCGUACGGUCGAGGCGAUCCUUCCGGGAGAGACAUUCGAGAGAGCUAUUAAGCGGAAACAAGGUGGGAUCCGUUUUUCAUCUAAUAAAAGUUGGGUGCACUCCGUUUAGCUUUAAAUGCCUAUUAAAGUACUUAUUCCGUACACGAUUUCGAAGUUUUUCCUUGCCCAAUGACACACCACUGUCUACAGUUUCAACCUAGGCUGUUAGGGUAGCUCAGAAAAAAAACUUUUUAUUUCUGACCGGUUGCCCCAAGGGUGCCCGCCAUCCUGGUCCAACGCGGUGUACACCGAAAACAUCAACGAGAAGUUCACUUUUUUCCGGAGUUUUUGUCAGAGGCGUUUAACGCCAUACACGUGGAGUUUUAUUUGUCAGAAUUUGACUGAAAAGCCCGAAAAAAAAGUUCAAAUCAAGUUUUUCAGAAGAGAUGGACAACCUUGAGAGAAUUACUGAGUUGUACAAAACUCGGAUGUGCCGUCUCCGAGCAACCCGUAAGAAUACUCGGGGAGGCAAAAAGGAACCCCGCCGGGAGAAGAAGGUCAAGAAGGACGACAAAAAAGUCGCUGGUAACCAAGAGAAGAGGGGAAAGGAGAGCGAGGAGAAAAAAAAUGUGAAGGAAAAAGAAGAAAGUAAGAAGGAAGAGAAGAUCGAGGAGGAGUCCAAGGAGAAGAAAUGA